UUCUUAGGGCAUCCGGGUCCCGUUUGGUGCUAUGACUCAUCCCCGAGAGCCCGAGGUGUCUCUUAGAAAGUCGCGCGGAUCCAGACUCCGACCUGGUGACAGCAAGCUCUACGUGGAAGAAGUGACCGGGUUGUCACUUGGGGACUUCAAGUAGGCUGCGAGAAAACCACAGUUUGCAGACUUGCAGACUUGCAGACUUGCAGGCUGGUUGAUUGCUCACCUUCGAAACAGACAGAUGCCCUCGGCGAUCAUUUCAGCUGAAAAAAGGAGCAGCCUGCCUUGGAUGUGGGGCUAGUUCGAGGGAUGGCGUUGUGGUUUGUCACCGGCGUUACGCCAUGCGCUUGUUGUUGGUCACUGUGGGCUCGCGGGGUGAUGCAGAACCCUUUCAGGCUCUAACGGAUGCCUUGACGGCCGCCGGGCAUGUGGUGGAUCUCUACAUGCAGCCGGAGCACAACUUUGCGCCGGCAAAGCCGGAGUUGGUGACCCUGCAUCCCUUCCCUUUCAGUACUACUGAUUUCUACACGUACGCGGCUAAGCCGCGAUAUGGCCAAGACCACGAAAAUCCACGCGUCAAGUUUGUAGGUGUCGUGGCCGAGGUGGUCAGUCAAUUGGUGUUGCCGUGCAUGAAGGAUGUCUUGAAGGUUGCCGAAGGCUGCGAUGUGCUGGUGUGUUCCAGCUUGCCACGGCACAUGUGCUUUUGCAUUGGGAAGAUGCUUCGGAAACCGGUGGGUUUGAUACACUUGCAACCACUGGUUCCCACCAAAGCCUUCCCGCACUACAGUGCAGAAAAUGCUGUGGAUUGCAUCUUGAAGGGAGGUUCCAGUGAUGAGAAUGAGCAGACCUAUUGGACGUUCGAGCAGUACAACUUCGACUUUCUUAAGGAAGAUCUGCAGAAAGUGGUGGAUGAGACCCUGGGAACAGACGCCAUGAUUUCCUUCGAGGACUUCCGCAGCAUGUUUGGUGGAGCCUCUGAUCUGGCCCACGGCUUCAACUGCUUCUCCUCGGAUUUGUGUCCAGCACCGGCAGAAGGCCAUAUCCAUGAUAUCGGCGCCUUGGCAGAUGCCUAUAUUCCCGCCAGCUUUUCAGAGCCCAGCGACCUUCUGCAGUUCUUGCAGGAGCUCGGGGACGGGAAUCCGCCAGUGGCGAUCGGCUUUGGCAGCAUGCCGUUUGGACAAGCAGAAGCGGUGAUCCAGGGACUGGAAUCCUUGCGAUGUCCUGCCGUGCUGGUGGGAAAGGCCUUGGCCAACUUUCAAGCAACGGAGUGGACAAAGAAGAACAUCUUGCAGGUGGAUAGUGUAGCCUAUCCAUGGUUGCUUCCGCGGUGCAGGUGUAUGUUGAGCCAUGGUGGCGCAGGAGUACUUCAUAGCACCCUGCGAGCAGGCAUCCCAGCGAUCAUCGCUCCGCUCAUUGGGGACCAAUUUGUGUUUGCCAAGCUGAUUGAUGCCAGAGAAUUGGGCGUCAACGCCGGUCCCAUGAACGCUCUCACCGCCGAUGGCUUAGUGGCGAGCCUUAAGGCCUUGGAGGGACCGCGGGGGGAGCGGUGCGCCAACAACGCGCGGGACUUCGCGGCCAAGGUGAAGGACAAGAACUCACCCGCCAAAUUGGUUGAGUUGCUGGAGAAAAUGAAGCCAAGCUGACGAAGUUUCAUCAUCGAUUCAAAAAAGGAUCUGCAGGGCUGAGUUGUUGCAAUUGCUUGG